AUGGACUUGCUGCUUACCUCCCCGUCCUGGGGCCUGAACUCCGCCAAUGACACCGGGGGUCCCGUAGACACAGCAACAAGUGAUUCGGGGAGAGAGGAGUUCUGCUACAUGCAGAUCAUCUUUCCCGGCUCGAUGGUGGUCUCCCUCGGCGGGAUGGUGGGCAAUGUUGCCAUCUUCUGGCUUCUCUGGCCCCUCACUUCAAGCAACCCUUACGCCAUCUACACCCUGAACCUGGUGGCUGCCGACAUCCUCAACCUUUUCUGCAUCAGUGGGAUCCUAUUGGAGCAAAGCCUAACACUGUACCGUGGGGUGACACCUCGUGUGGCUGUGCUCCUGAGCCCCGUGUCCUGCUUCUUUGACACUGUGGGACUGUGUCUCCUUGCAGCCACCAGUGUCGAGAAUGCUCUGCGUUCUCUCUUCCCCACGUGGCUCCGAUGCCAACGGCCCAAGCACACCUCUGCCACCAUGUGCGCCCUGACCUGGGUCCUGGCUCUCGGCUGGCAUGUGGCAAUGGAGGUCUGCAGCAAUUUUGAGGGGCACCCGGCGUGUGAGUGUUUUUUCCAAGCCUUCAUGGGAUUCUACAUCUUUGUGUGCCUUGUGAUGUGUGUGUCCAGCCUGGCUCUGAGUGUCAGGGGCUGUCGCUGUCCACAGCGCUGCCGGCCCUCCAGGGUGUACUAUGUGGUCCGCGUCAUGGCCACCACCGCCCUCCUCUGGGGCCUGCCUUUUGUGAUCAUCCUGUAUCUGCCGGAGCUGGAAGACCUGACCCUGAACUUGCACCUUGUGCUAGUGCUGAUUCUGUCUGUCCUGGCCAGCGUGAUGCACCCCCUCAUCUACUUCCUGGUGGGGUACCUGGGCAAGAACAGGCGCAAGGAGCCCCUGAAAAAAGCGCUCCAGCGGGCCCUGCUGAGUGAGAUGGAGCUGGUGGAGGGGGAGAGUGGGGUAGACCUGAGGGCCAGGGUCUGGAAGCCAGAAGUCCAAAUUCAGGGUGUCUCCAAAGGCUCUGCAGAUGUUGCAGCACAACAUGCAGGCAACCGUUGGGAGCAGCUGAGCUGA